AUGGAGGCCUUUGUCCCCAUCCACUUACUUGGCCUGUGCGAAUUGAAGUUGAAGCAACCAACCUCAGCUUCUCAGCUCGAGGAAUCUACAGCUAGAAUGAAGAUACCAGCGUAUACCCUACGGUCCGUUCCACGCUUCUUGGGAUUGUCCAAAUACAGCAUCACUACGAGAGAUCAUACAGUCGCCACUAGCAUUAAUGAUACACAUGCUACGAUCCCUACUCUCUUCUCCCUAACUCCCCGGUCCGGUGGUCAGAUUACUCGCAGUGGUAACGGUUCUACCCCUGCUGCCGCCGCUCCCCCAGCUCCCAUCGUUACCCCUCGGAGGCGUUUGGUGGAUCCUGACCUUCUACUCAACGGCCAGGGACCCACAGGCCGACGAACCAAACGGUCGAGAUAA